GUAUUGCCACACUCAAUAAAUCGGUGCAAAAUGUCAAACUUUUUUGUGAGCUAAGUUAAAAUUAUAGUUAAAGAGAACUAAAAAUACAGAUUUUAUGUUUGAUAUUGAGUCACCCUAUUACGGUACAUAACGCCAUAGUGCUUCUACGUAACAAAUAAUAUUAUAUCUGACAAUGCUACGUAUAUUUCUUAGGUGAUUGUGAUUGGUUGUUGUUGGCUUGCUGGUGACAGUAGACUAGAUUCCAUCCAGUUGUUAGGUUUUUGUCCUACUUGUUAUCAAUCUUCGUAAAUAAUUCGACCUAAUUCUAACAAAUGUAGUUGUUCUCAGUGAAAUCUUCAUUUGUUUCGUUUAAAUAGUUAAACUUAGUAUGAAUAAAGAUGCCUGGAAUAAGAAAAUAUCGACGUGAUACCAGCGAAGUCAGCUGUUGUUUGAAAUAUGUUAUAUUUGGUGUUAAUGUGCUAUUCUGGUUUAUGGGACUCAUAGUAUUAGCUGUUGGUAUUUGGGCAUGGAUGGAAAAAGAUACAUUCAAUAAUCUAUCUAGAUUAACAAAUAUUGCACUGGACCCAGCAUUUAUAUUAAUAUGUGUUGGUACAAUAACAUUUAUUAUUGGCUUUACGGGUUGUGUUGGUGCCUUACGUGAGAACACUUGCCUUUUAGCUUGUUAUGCAGUAUUUUUAGCAUUAUUGUUACUAGCUGAAAUGACAACUGGAAUUCUAUUUUUCGUGUUUAAAGAUUGGAUCAAACAACAAGCUACAAGUGGGUUCCAAUCAUUUAUAACACAUUAUAGAGAGGAUCCUGACCAACAGAAUUUAAUUGACUGGAUACAAGGAGAAUGGGUAUGGCAUUUUAUAUUACUCGUUCAUAUUGAAAUAUAUUAUGACAUCAUAAUUUCUCUUCACGUUAGCGAGCACGUGAUACACGAGCGCGGCUGCGUGGCGGCGGCCGAGGACUGGCUGCUGCGCCACUGCGUGGGCGCCGCCGCUGCCUUCCUUGUUCCUCUCGCUAUCAAGAGUUUUGACAUUGCUAAAAUAAUAUAUGACAAAGGCUGCUUAGAGGCUGCGGAGGAAUGGUUUGACCGAAACCUGUUGAUUGUAGCCACAUCCGCUGUUUGUACCGCUUUUGCACAAAUCUUGGGUAUCUGCUUCGCUCAGAAUCUGCGCGCGGACAUAUUCGCUCAGAAAUCGAAGUGGCACUGACAUACGGCCUCUCCCGCCGCCGUGUGACGCGCGCGCCGCGACCCGCACCGCGACCCCUACCGCCUGCUGUAUCUGCCGCCCUUGUGACUAGAUACAUCGAUACUCGAUAUCGACACAUCGAUACUCGAUAUCGAUAUCGACACCUCAAUGGUUGAUGUCGAUAUCGAUCCGAUACCCGGUAACCGAUAUCGAUUGUAUCAAUACUUAGGUGAUGUGACUGUCACUAAUCGAAGACAUUAAACAUUUUGAACUGUUAUAUAUUUAUAGUGUUGCGAGAUAUCGAUAUUUGAAGGCUUGCGUAGAUGAUGAAAUUAUAUUGGAGUAUAUUAAAUAACUGGACAUAAAAAUUAGUGAUAUACUAAAUGCUUGUUCCUUGCAAACUUUAUUUAAAUUUAAAAUAUCGAUUUAUACUACAACAAGAAACUAUUUACUGGUAACAUUCAAGUUCCUUUCAUAAUAUUGUUUUACCAAUAGUUUUAUUGUAAAACUGUAGCCUUUCAUUUCAAAUCUACAAACAUUUGAAAUCUUAAAUGUUGAUGUUUGUAAAAUAUAUAUCGAUGUUAUUGUGAAUUGUGUUAAAAAUAUUUAGAAUCAGUUAACGCACAAAAGACUUGAGCAUUUUUUCCCAAAAUGUACUAUAACUAUAGAUAGUUAAUUA